AUGGAGGAAGAAGGAACAUUCUUCGAGCGAGAGCGAGAUCGCUUGACCGCAGAAAUUACCAGUGGUUUCGAAGAGUUGCUCUCGUCGAGUAACAAUCUGAACCGUGGACUUGAGGAAGUACUCGGGAUGACGAGAGAAUACGAGACCAUUGCCACACUUUGGCAAAGUUUCCACGAACUGAUGCGAGGGCAGAGAGAUGAUCCUGACGAAUCUACCGCAGAACAACCGCAAGGUUUACCGGGCACUGGGGGACAUGUUUUGCCAGGAAAGCAGGGUAUCGUAGGACAGGAAAAUCGAUGA